CCCUACGCACCAGAACCCACCGCUCCCAAUGGCGGCCGCGACGGCGACCGCCGCCGCAGGGGCCGUGCUCGCCCCCGCGCUCGUCUCGCCCCUCUCGCGCCGCGCCUUCCUCCCGCUCCCUCGGCGCGCCGGCACCACCCGCUCCCUCCGGCUCUCCGCGUCGGCGGCCCCUAGGCGGCGCGGGGUGGUCCUGGUUGCGGCGGAUGCGGCGGCGGGCGCCGACUUCGGCGACGAGGAGAGCUCCUACGAGAUUCUGGGCAUCACCCCGCUCGAUAGCUUCGACAACAUGAAGCUGGCGUACAAGAGGAAGCGCAAGGACGCGGAGGAGCUGGGAGACGAGGACCACUUGGCCAAGCUGGAGAAGGCGUAUGAUACUGUGAUGAUGCAGCAGCUGCAGUAUAGGAAGAAAGGGGUCACGUAUGGAUCGGUCGAGGUGUCAAAGGAUAUCAAGUAUGCUGACAAUCAACCCAUAGUUCCUUGGGGACCUAGACCCUCCAAAUCAGCAGUAAAGGAUGUGCGCAUAAAUAUGGCAAUUUCUGCAGCGAUUGUUGUUUGGAUUGCAAUCAUCGGUACUGCAGACUGGAAACCCUUGCAGUUCCUGUGUUUUGGCUUCUUCUACAGAAUACUUCAGAAGCUGAGGGUUACUGAACCACCAAUAACUCCAAUAUAUAAUGAGUAUGGUGAAGUUGAGGGAAGAGGGGUACGGAUGGCAAAACGAGUAUUCCGCGCUUUGGGUUUGAUAUUUGGAUGUGUAUUUGCUGCAUCCCUGGGUUACACAACAGCUCUUAACGUGGUUGAGUUUUCUUGGCAGCACACUCCCCGUAUUGUUUAUUACUACCAGGAGUUGAUUGUAACAGCAGCUGCAUCUGUUCUGCUGUGCAUCACUGCUUCAUACUACCGGUAAACAACCCUAGAGGAAUUUUAUCGUCUCUUAAGAGUACCUUUGGAUGUUAGGAUGACGAGGCCUGCUUCACUGGGACGCACACAUGUGGACUGGUGUUAUAUUAGAGGGAAGCCAAAACGCAGACACAAAAUUUUGAAAUAUACUUGUGCCAGCUUUUGAGGUAGAGAAUUCUGGGUGCAAGUUUGUGUUUGAACAAUUGUGGAACUCACUGUGCGAAAGAUGAUGGCUGGUGAAAAUGUCGUGUGCAUAUCUAGCAGUGUAAUGUAUGAAAGCAUGUCAGAUUCUGAUCCAUGUGAAGACCGAUCACUGAUGGAUACUUGUA